UCCUUGUCUUUGACUGGAGACCAACACGCAGAGAGGCGGACGAUAACAGCAUCCAUUGCUGUUAUUCAGCCUUCACACAUCUCAAUGAACUGCUCGCAAAGAAGCCACUGAUCGUGCCUACUGCUUUUUGCAGGGCAGAGAUACUGAUCAGUGUCUAAAAACUGCAUCCCCUUUUCUUAUGAGAUUAUUUUUCAUAGACUCUUUUUUUAACUUCAAGGUCUCUGUAGCCUGUCUCUUUCCACCAUGGUGCUAGGAAAGGUAAAGAGCUUCACAGUAAGCUACGACUGUCUCAAUGACAGCAAUGUUCCCGUUUUCUCCAGCGGGGACUGCGUCUCAGGGAGGGUGAUCAUCGAAGUCACGGGAGAAAUCCGUGUGAAGUCUCUCAAAAUCCACGCAAAAGGAUUUGCAAAAGUUCGUUGGACUGAAUCGAGAAAUGCUGGAUCCAACACUGCCUACACGCAAAACUACACAGAAGAAGUGGAAUACUUAAAUCACAAAGACAUUUUAAUUGGACACGAGAGAGAUGAUGACAACUCUGAGGAAGGACUCACCACUAUCCAUUCAGGAAGACAUGAGUAUGCAUUCAGCCUCGAGCUUCCACAGACACCUCUGGCUACCUCUUUCGAAGGGAAGCAUGGCAGUGUGCGCUAUUGGGUAAAGGCAGAACUUCACAGGCCAUGGCUCCUGCCCAUGAAGACCAAGAAGGAAUUCACAGUCUUUGAGCACAUUGACAUCAACACUCCAUUAUUGCUGUCACCACAGGCCGGCACGAAAGACAAGACGCUUUGCUGUUGGUUCUGCACCUCAGGUCCUAUUUCCCUAAGUGCCAAAAUUGAAAGGAAGGGAUACACCCCAGGAGAGUCAAUCCAGAUUUUUGCUGAGAUCGAGAACUGCUCGUCCCGCAUGGUGGUGCCAAAGGCAGCCAUCUACCAGACCCAGACCUUUUAUGCCAAAGGGAAGAUGAAGGAGGUCAAGCAACUGGUGGCCAACCUGCGGGGAGAAUCUUUGUCCUCAGGCAAAACUGAGACCUGGAGCGGCAAGAUGCUGAAGAUCCCACCUGUUUCUCCCUCCAUCCUGGACUGCAGCAUCAUCAGAGUGGAGUACUCGCUCAUGGUAUACGUGGACAUACCUGGGGCAAUUAACCUGUCCCUGAACCUGCCCCUGGUCAUCGGAACCAUCCCCCUCCACCCCUUCGGUUCCCGUACCUCCAGCGUCAGCAGCCAGUGCAGCAUGAGCUGGCUUGGCAUGGGUCUGCCUGAGAGACCUGAAGCUCCUCCAAGCUAUGCAGAAAUUGUGACAGAAGAGCAGAGGCAGAGCAGUCUGGAUGUCCCAGCAGCACGUGAGGAGCUGGAUGGACCUCUCUUCGCCUAUAUUCAUGAGUUCCGCUUCCAGCCUCCUCCUCUGUACUCUGAGAUCGAUCCAAACCCAGAUCAUGCCAGCCGUACAGAGGAGCGCAGGCUCGACGCCUGUCCAUCACGCUGAAGGGUAUUCCUGAAAUUCCCCUGAGCGACUCAAGGAACUCCCAGGAGGCUGUUUGCAAGGCUCAGCUUUGCUUAUUUUUCUCCAGCAACAACGUUCACGCUACGCUGUUGACAUCGCGAGAAAAACAAAGUAUCCAACCAACCAACCAACAAAGUCUUGGACAAAUACCCAGAGUUGAGUUGGGUUGGACAAAUCUGUUCCUGCCCUCCCUCAGUGAGAGAAACAGGAGUCACAAGUGUGGGGUAUCACUUCCUUUCUGUGUCGGCCUGCUGAGGGUGGGAUAUGUACAGAUGAACACAUAUUCAGUCUGUAUGGGAAAAAAAAAAAAAAAACCCCACUAGUAGCGAGAGCCCUGGUGAUAGUAUUGACGAUGAAAAGGAAGCAUCACUAAGGCUCGGCCUGCCAAGCUCCUCGUUCACCCUUGAUUCUUCUGCACUCAUGGCACAUAUGGACAUGGCUCCUCACACAAAGGGCAGAAGUAAUCAUGUCCAGACUUCAGCAGAAUCUCCUACAGAAUAUGGGAUGAAGAGAGAAAAAUAACAACAACAACAACAACAACAACAACAACAACAACAACAACAACGUUCUUACCACCACAGUCUGUAUGAAUGAAAGUUUUCAGCGGCAGCAGUCAUCACCAGAGCAAAGACUAGGUCCUCCUGCCUCAUUUGGGAUUUUGUUUUGCACAUUUUAUUCUUUACUUGAGUUGUGUGGCUCCAUUUAAUGAUGAGAAUUGAAAAAAAAAAAAAAAUCACUAAUAGUUUGGUUUCAGCCUUGUAAUGCACCAGACUAAAAAUAUGAGACUGCAGGCUUAACUUUUAAGACUUUCUUCUGCAUAAUUUUGAGCAAUGCCGAGAACAGGAUUUGAUUUUUGAAAAAAAAAAAAAAAAAAAACAAGACUGAAAAGGUCAAGAACGAUGCACUGAAUUUGUUUUAAGCUGUUUAAGAAUUUUCUUUCUCUCCUUAUGACAUUUCCUCAGUGACUUAUAAAGAACUAGACUGGACUUUUACAACAGCUGCAGCACACCAUCUCCAUCUGGAAGCUCUUUAAGAUGUUGCCUCCUCAGCUUGGAUCGAAGUGUGGCUUCCCUCCUUUUAGUUUAGUUCUGUUAUUCUGUUCUUGUAUUUAGCUCCAAUCAUAGAAUAGCUUCUAGCCAUUUUUGUGUUGCGGUUGCUCUGGAUUUGGACUAGGAGGGUUGCAGACCUGCAUUUGCCACUGAAAUUGUAGCUGACGAGAAAAGUGUGUGUGACUUUGUGUGUGUGACAGAAGGUGGUACAUUGUGGAGGGACUUGCGUCACCCUAGUUGCCUGCAGCCCCUCUACUCCUAAUCUCAGGGCAAGCCAGGCUUGCAUAACUGCCCAAAAAGCACUGUCUCAGGUGGUCUUCUCACUUGCCAAACGGUUGGAAAAAAAGAGAAAAAAUGUUAUAGGUUUUCUUUUAAAUUGCACUGUUAAAGAUAAUGAAGAGUUCUUUUUUUAAACUACCAAAACAAGAGAAUAGACCUGCAGAGAAGCAAGGCAGCUUUCUGAGAUAAAUCACAUUCCCUUUUUGUCCUGCUGCACUUGCACUGUUCAUCCAACCAACAGUUAGAUUUUACCAGACCAGUGAAGCCAGAAUGCUAGCCAUAAAAAAAUGAAUAAAUAAAAGAAGGAAAAUAGAGGAAUGACACUGCUUCUGCAUUAAAGAAGCAAACCCAGCACAAAUGAAUAACUGGGGACGUUGUUAAACUUCUGUUCAGACUGGUCAGAACAAGUAGUUGUAGGUUGACAUGAGUAAUACAUUGGUUUUCUAACUCAUUCAACACGAAAGACCAGCUGCAACAGAGGUUUGACUUAGUCAGGAAAAAAGAAAAGCAGCACUUUUUUGAUAAGAAAAUAAUUAAAAAGAAAAAAAAAAAAAAAGCAUUCAAUGGUGAAGGUCUGGAGAAAAACCAUUUGGUACUAACCGCGAUAUACUAGAGGAUUUUCCAGUAAAGCAGUGUUGUGUAGGACGUAAAUGCAUUAUGUAAUCUUUUUAAGAUUAAUAACUUUUUCUUUUUUUUUUUUUUUUUUUUUUAAGUUUACAUUUUAAACGUAGCUGACACAAGUUUGUAUGUUGUGUGUGUGCACGCGCUUACCGAGAUCCAGCUGGCAACUAAAUACAGCUUCUGACCAUAAUCGACGAACUGCAGAUUAUUAAAGUGAUCUUAUCUUAGUGGCCUUGACACAGAAAAGACCUGAUCAUGAUUCUUCAUCUUUCAGUGUCUACGUUAACUCUUGUUCUCCUUUUUAUUAUGUUUGUAAACACCUGUAUGUUUUAAACCUUUCCGUGUUUAUUCAAAAAGGACAAAAAGGGAAGAGGGAAAAAAAAAAGUCCUUUAGAAGCAAGUGUUUUAAAAAAUGACAUCCUGGACAGGCCUCUCGAUUUGUGUUAUUUUUCUGAAGCUGAUGAGGGUUGACUUUUUUUUUUUUUUUUUUUUUUUUUUUUCAUGUAUUUCUGGGCAUUGAUAGUUUGCUUUCUAGUUUAACAAGCAACCUUCCUGAGUUAGUCUCCCUGACCUCUCUGAUCCCCUUCAGGCCUGGGGGGGGGGGGGGGGGGUGGCAGCUGUUGACCAGCACCCCCCCCUCUGAGAAACAUUUAGGUAACAUGGGAUAGCAGACAAACUGCUUCUUCCACGGUAAACUCAUGUUCUAGGCUGUUUUUAUUUGUUUGCAGUUCUUUGUUUGGAUUUUAUCUUAGGGAAACUGAAUCAAGCUACACGGUAAUGAAUAAGCUUACAUAUUUGUUUCAGGUUGGUCAAUUCCAUAGUCCAUUCGCUUGGGCCUCAGAGUAGUCCAGUGUCAAAACUAAGCUAAACUCCUGACCUGGUAAAGGCAGGAACUGAAAUGUUCAGAGAUAAAAGAACCUAGGAGACAGGAUCUGAAACAUUUUAGAAACAAAGUGCAAUAUUACUCACUGAAUUUUCUUCAUUCUCCAUUUGUAUGUUUGUUUUUAUCUUUUUUUUGUCUGUUAAUCAUGACGGUGUAUAGAUAUUCUAUGAAUAUACUAUGUUCUGAAUGAUUUAACCUUUCGUCUAGUUCUUCCUUUUGAUUUGAAUAAACAUUUUGUUCUAAAUUACAA